AUGCACACCAUCGCCCGCUCGCGCGUCCUUGCGAGACGCGUCGCGUCGAAGGCAAGACUCGCCCAUAACCUCUCAAUCACUCAAGGACCCACACAUCCACCCCUCGACACCCGGACUCUACCCGACUACUGGGACGCCACGAUUGCAUCGCACGGACACCGUCCAGCCCUGAUAUGUCCCCGUGAACCUGCGCACCCCCACGGCGGCCCUUUACAACCUAGUGUUGAUACCAAACACUUGGAUUGGUCUUACGGCAUCUUCGACGAGCAUAUACGUGCGCUUGCGGCUGGACUUGUGGCGCUCGGGGUCAAGAAGGGAGAUCGCGUUGGUGUCGUGAUGGGGAACAACAGCGCGUACGCGACACUUCAAUGGGCAACGGCGAGCAUAGGCGCCAUCUUGGUGACAUUUAACCCUGCGUAUCGCGCUCAUGAGCUGGUUCACACACUUCGCCAAGUUGGCGUCUCGCACCUCUUCGUCGUCCCAAACCUUCGCAGGUCAUCUUACUUGCACAUGCUACACGAAGCUCUACCUGGUCUGCGCGGUGCUCAGCCGGGGAGUAUCGCGAUAGAGGAGCUGCCGGCGCUGAGGUCUAUCACAGCCGUCGACAACACACGUGAUCCGGGGCUGUUUGCUAGCGCGAUGGAUAAGGCACCUGCGGUCACCGACUAUCGCGACAUCUCCAUAUGGACUGCGGGGUCCAGAGAGUCCAAGGUUGUCGAGGAAACACGGGGGACGCUACACAAGGACGAUGUUGUCAACUUGCAGUUCACGAGUGGUACCACGGGGCUCCCGAAAGCCGUCUCCCUAACACACUCAAACCUCCUCAACAAUGGCCUUUCAAUAUCAGAUGCCAUGCGACUGACAGAGGAAGACGUGGUGUGCAAUGCCCCGCCGCUCUUCCACUGUUUUGAUGAGUGCAUUCGAAACCUCGCAGCCUGGUCUCGCGGAGCUUGCAUCGUCUACCCAGACGAAGUCUUCUCUCCGCCGGCCAUCGUCGAUGCAGUGCAGAACCACCGAUGCACCGUACUUCACGGCGUACCGGCGCACUUCAACAGCAUCCUAGCAGAGGCCGAGAAGCGUCAGGAGACCGGCGAGAGAUGUGACUUCUCAAGUUUGAGGACAGGCAUUGCGGCCGGCUCGCCGGUUCCGAUCGAACUCAUGCGUAAGCUCAUUGAUACCAUGAAUCUUCGCGAUCUCACUAUUGCGUACGGGAUGACUGAAACCAGUCCGGUGUCUUUCCAGACUACACCAGACGACAGCCUGAUAGCCCGUACUGAGACGGUCGGACGUGCACGUCCUCAUGUCCGUGCGAAGAUCGUCGACGAGGACGGGCACAUUGUACCCGUUGGUACGCGCGGUGAACUCUGUACGGCGGGAUAUCUCCUGCAGAAGGGCUACUGGGAGGAUCCAGAACAGACCUCGCAUGUGAUGCGGCGCGAUGCGGAGGGUACUCUCUGGAUGCAUACCGGCGACGAAGCAGUACUGGAUGAAGAGGGGUAUCUACGCAUUGUCGGUCGCAUCAAGGAUUUGAUCAUCCGCGGUGGCGAGAACUUGUCGCCAGUCGCGAUCGAGAACGCACUUUGCACGUCACACUCCAUUGUAGAGGCUGCGGCCAUCUCAGUACCGGAUGAUGUGCUUGGAGAGGUGGUCGGCGCUUGGAUCGUCUUGCAUCCCGGUUCCCCAGUACCGACGAAGGCAGAGAUCGCCAAUCUCGUACGAACGCAGAUGAAUCCACAGAAUAUCCCGGCUUGGAUAUGGUUCACGGCCACGGAUGGGCCAUCGGAGUUGCCGAGGACGGCGAGCGGUAAAGUGCAGAAGCAUAUUCUCCGCGCGUGGAGUCGCGAUCUUGCUGCGAAGGGCGUGGGUCGCGUGACGUAG